UCGAUGCUAUGUGCUCAGUUCUAGUCAAAAUAAUCUUGCUCAUCCUCAAGCUCCCCCUGUUCCACCAAGGCAGAAUUCAAGCCCUCAUCUACCAAAACUGCCACCAAAGACUUACAAACGGGAGCUUUCACACCCCCCAUUGUAUAGACUGCCUUUGCUAGAAAAUGCAGAAACUCCUCAAUGACCCUAGCCAUAUGUAGUCAUUGACACUGGAAUGGUAUUUGUAAAGUUUUUUUUUUAAUUUAUUCAAAAAAGGCGUAGUAUUUUAGUACUUUUAAAAAAUAAUGCUCUUACAAAAAUGCUACUGAUCAAAUAAGCUUUUAAAAAUUGGAAAAAUAAAAACACAGAAGUCCUUUACCAUUAUCCUCAGGUGAUCAGUAGCAUUGCCUUGUCUUGCAUCCUCAGUGCUGCCCAAAGGCCAGUAUAAAGAAUUUAUAUUUGCACUGUAGACUCUGCUAAAAUAUGGUUUAAAGUGACAUUGAUUGUACUGAAGGGGGAUAGUGCAUUUGUGGAAUUUUUCAAAUUUGAGUAACAGAUGACUUUUUAAGGCAGUGAAUUUAUACACAUAUAGGGGGUGUGUGAUGAUACUGAUUUUUAAGCCUCUUUGACCAUCUUCUAGUUUUUACAUUUAGGAAGAUCGUGAAUAACACCCAUUGUUCUUAAACUCUUUAAUGCCAUGUCUUAAAAGCCAGAAUUUGCUGCUGAAGACAAAAGUGAAAAAUAGAACGAAAAUAAUAGAAUGCACUGUUUAUUGUUUUGUCAAAGUGUAAACAGACUACCUAACCAAUCAUAGAGGAAAAAAGGGCAUAUAUCUUAUACAGAUGUGCCUUUUUGUUUUUGCAGACUAUAGUGUCUUUAGCUAACGAGUUGCCUAUUGUUUUGGAAAACAAAGUUAAUAUGCCAUACAUGUACAGUUUUGUUUAUAUUGUACAUUUAAAGAUAAUGAUAAUAACCUAUAUAAAUUUAUGUGACUCAAGGCCUAUAAUACAGUCUGCUACUUUACUAAUUCAUAAAGCCAGAGGAUAAGUUUCUUAUGGCAUAGGAACCAACUGCAUUGCCUUCAAAACCAAGUAACUUUCUCUAUAAAUCUCGUGUUAACUAAAAAUUUUUGAAGUAUUUUUUUAGAUUGGUAAUAUUUAAACCAGCAGACACUUAAAGCUUUAUUAAACUUUUUAAUCAGAGAUGUGAUUAAAACUUUUAUUUGCCAUUUGUACUCCUUCGUUCUAAGUGAUGAAAAAGCGUGUUUUCCUCUUAGUGCCAUAGCAGCAGUUGUAAAGUAGCCAAAAGCCACAUUGUUUAUUAACUGGUCUGUGGCCUUUUACUGUGCUUUGUAUCAGAGUUCCUAACAAGAUUAAUAAAUCACCCCAGUCUUAAUUUUUAAAAGACGUUUAAAAUAUGUGUUUUCAUUAUAAGGAACAAGGGGGUAAGAUUGUUGAGUUCUGUAGAAGUAAUAUAUACACACAUUUUCAAUAAUUUGUGCAAUUUAAGUUCCAUAAUCCCAAAGAAUUUAAGUGAUGUAAACUUCAGAGGGAUAACUUUGUCUUCACCGUUAAACGCAGUCACAAGCUUCUUGCAACCAUUUUUACGCAUUCAGAUGAAAAAUUAGGAGCAUGUUAGGAAUUCUCUGUAAGCAGGAUUAUAGCCAUCCUUGGUAGGAUCUUGGAAGCUGCCUUGAUUUAAGGCCAGUAAUUAAAAAACAAAAAAAAACCAGUGUAAAUCAACCUCCAACUAGAUAAAAACACUCAGGUUGGCUUUGUCCGUAAAAGUAAUUUAAACUGCCCGUUCGUUGAGGCGGACUUGUAAUUUAGAGGAGAACGAGGCGGUUCCGCGCGCAGGGGAAGCCUUGGCCUGCGGCUGGGCUACGCCGGUGGAACGGCGCCUUCCGGGCUUUGUGCCUUCGCGCACGCGCUAUGGCGCCAACUCCGCCUCCUGGAGGCGCCGGGCCCCUUGCAAGGCGGGGCCCGGGGCGGUCGUGUGGGUGUGACGUAACUGCGCUCGACAGUCAGUGUUGCCGGGCGGCGAUGGCGGCUCCUCUGGAGUCCUCCGGGGAGGACCAACUGCGGAACUUUGUGCGAAUUUUGGAGAAGCGAGAUGGCACGGUGUUACGACUACAGCAGUACGGCUCCGGCGGCGUGGGUUGCGUUGUUUGGGACGCUGCUAUCGUCCUUUCUAAAUACCUGGAAACGCCCGGGUUUUCCGGCGAUGGGGCCCACGCGCUGAGCCGGCGGUCGGUGCUGGAGCUGGGCUCUGGCACCGGGGCCGUGGGGCUCAUGGCUGCUACCCUCGGGGCAGAUGUCAUAGUUACCGACCUAGAGGAAUUGCAAGACUUGCUGAAGAUGAAUAUUAAUAUGAACAAGCAUCUUGUCACUGGUUCUGUUCAAGCCAAGGUACUGAAAUGGGGGGAAGAAAUAGAAGACUUUACUUCUCCUCCAGACUACAUCCUGAUGGCCGACUGCAUAUACUAUGAAGAGUCUUUGGAGCCACUGUUGAAAACCCUAAAAGAUCUCAGUGGAUCUGAGACUUGUAUUAUAUGUUGUUAUGAACAACGAACAAUGGGAAAAAAUCCAGAAAUCGAGAAAAAAUAUUUUGAGCUUCUUCAACUAGACUUUGACUUUGAAAAAAUUCCUUUGGAAAAACAUGAUGAAGAAUAUCGAAGUGAAGAUAUUCACAUUUUAUACAUCAGAAAGAAAAAAUCGCCCAUCCCAUGUACUGGGAUCUGGAGGCUCCCAGGGGAGCAGUCUGCUGAACCGACCUUCCCUCGGUUUGGAGGUCCCCCCACUCCUUCCUCCCGCAGAACACCCCUUCCUGGCCUCCUGUCAACCACCUGCUGCCCUUGUUUCAGGAGGUGAUCAUGGCUUUGGGUGCUCUUCUCUUUCAGGUAACAGUGUGAUACUCUCGGGGGUAGGGAAGUCCCAGUAGAUUGUGGUUCAUACAGGCUUUAUAUCAGCUCUGGAUCAAUAUGCCCAAUUGUUAAUUCUCAGAGAGACUACUGAAUAAAAUAUCAUUUCACCAUAUGGCCAACUUGUCAAAUGUACCAAAAUAAACCAGUGUACUGAAAGCUUGUUUCAAAGAGUCUCUCUGUAUGAAUAUAUUCAUGCAUAUAUUUUUCUCAAAUAUAGUCAGUGAAUAUAAAUAUAUUCUUUAUGCAUAGUCAUUGAUUCUGAAGAUGUCCAAUAAAUAGGAAUUUGUUUUUAAUGUGAAUAUAGUUAAUAAAUAUAUAUUUGUUUGGGGCUGAAUUGUGUACCUCCAAAAUUCAUAUGUUGAGGUCCUAACACCUAGAACCUCAGAAUGUGACUGUAUUUGGAGAUAGAGCCUUUAAAGAGGUAAUUAAGUUGAAAUGAGGCCAUUAGGGUGGACCCUAGCCAAAUAUGACUGGUGUCCUUGUAAGAAGAGGAGAUUAGGACACAGACAAAUAAAGAGGGAAGAUGAUGUGAAGACACGGGGAGAAAGCGGCUGUCUGCAAGCCAAGGGGAGAGGCCUCAGAAGAAACCAACCCUGCUGGCACCUUGAUCUUGGACUUCUAGCCUCCAUUACUGUGAAAAAAUAAAUUUCUAUCAUUUUAGCCACCCCAUCUCUGCUACUUUGUUAUGGCAGC